ACGAAGCGGGGGUGGGCCCUGCGCGUAAUGGCAGCGCCGUGUCCUCGCGUCCAUCUUUACCGCUCUCUUGGACCUGUCACAAAGGAGUCGCGCUGCUGUCGCCGCCCCCUCCCUCCGGUGGGCCCGGGAGCUAGAGAGAAAGUCAGUGCCGCAGCCCGUCCGCGCUGCCGUUGGAAGGCCCCUGGGGACGCGCAGCGGGAGGGAGCCGGCGGGUUAGGGACGUCGGUGAGGGAGCGGAACUGCUGCUGGAGCCUGGGGCCGAGAGACCGGACUGGGGCCCGAGCAGGCUCGGGAAAGGGGCCUGGGAGCGGGUGGCGCUGGGCAGAGCCCAGGAAGCAACCGGAAGGUACUCUACCGAGGCCGGGCUGGAGGCGUCUUGAAGAGGUGAACCUGGAAGAGGGUGUUCCCCGUUUUGGGGGGACCUGCCCGCCGGAGGUUGUUGGGUCACCCUUGUGAGGAGGCUGCGGCUAACGGGGCCCAGAACUACCAGUGGAUGACCAGGAUUUCCAGUAGCUGAUAAUGUUGGAAAUCAGCUGUGCAACUUUCUCUCUCAUUUUCUUGUUAAAAACAAACAAAAUGAAAGUUCCUCAAGCUCACAUUAUGAAAACAGAACUUGGGAAACUGAAAACUAUCUAAAUGAUUGUCUUUGGUUGGGCCGUGUUCUUAGCAAGCAGAAGCCUUGGCCAAGGUCUGCUGUUGACUCUAGAGGAGCACAUAACCCAUCUCUUGGGCACUAGUGGUGCCACCGCUACCAUGGGUAAUUCCUGCAUCUGCCGAGAUGACAGUGGAGCGGAAGACAGUGUUGAUGCCCACCAGCAGCAGGCUGAGAACAGUGCAGUUCCCACUGCGGACACUAGGAGCCAACCUCGGGACCCUGUUCGGCCUCCAAGGAGGGGCCGAGGACCACAUGAGCCAAGGAGAAAGAAACAAAAUGUGGAUGGGCUAGUGCUGGACACACUAGCAGUAAUACGGACUCUUGUAGAUAAUGAUCAGGAACCUCCCUAUUCAAUGAUUACAUUACAUGAAAUGGCAGAAACAGAUGAAGGAUGGUUGGAUGUUGUCCAGUCUUUAAUUAGAGUUAUUCCAUUGGAAGAUCCAUUGGGACCAGCUGUUAUCACAUUGUUACUAGAUGAAUGUCCAUUGCCCACUAAAGAUGCACUCCAGAAAUUGACUGAAAUUCUCAAUUUAAAUGGAGAAGUAGCUUGCCAGGACUCAGGCCAUCCUGCCAAACACAGGAACACGUCUGCAGUCCUGGGCUGCUUGGCUGAAAAACUAGCAGGUCCAGCGAGUAUAGGUUUACUUAGCCCAGGAAUACUGGAAUAUUUGCUGCAGUGUCUGAAGUUACAGUCCCACCCCACAGUCAUGCUUUUUGCACUUAUCGCACUGGAAAAGUUUGCCCAGACAAGUGAAAAUAAAUUGACUAUCUCUGAAUCCAGUAUUAGUGACCGGCUUGUCACAUUGGAGUCCUGGGCUAACGAUCCUGAUUAUCUGAAACGUCAAGUUGGCUUCUGUGCCCAGUGGAGCUUAGACAAUCUCUUUUUAAAAGAAGGUAGGCAGCUGACCUACGAGAAAGUGGACUUAAGUAAUAUUAGGGCCAUGCUAAACAGCAAUGAUGUCAGCGAGUACCUGAAAAUCUCGCCUCAUGGCUUGGAGGCUCGCUGCGAUGCAUCCUCUUUUGAAAGUGUACGCUGCACCUUUUGUGUGGACGCUGGUGUGUGGUACUAUGAAGUAACAGUUGUCACUUCUGGUGUCAUGCAGAUCGGCUGGGCCACUCGAGACAGCAAGUUUCUCAACCAUGAAGGCUAUGGCAUUGGCGAUGAUGAGUAUUCCUGUGCAUAUGAUGGCUGUCGGCAGCUGAUUUGGUACAAUGCCAGAAGUAAGCCUCAUAUACACCCGUGCUGGAAAGAAGGAGACACAGUAGGAUUUCUGUUAGACUUGAAUGAAAAGCAAAUGAUCUUCUUUUUAAAUGGCAACCAGCUGCCUCCUGAGAAGCAAGUCUUUUCAUCUACUGUAUCUGGAUUUUUUGCAGCAGCUAGUUUCAUGUCAUAUCAACAAUGUGAGUUCAAUUUUGGAGCAAAACCAUUCAAAUACCCACCGUCUAUGAAAUUUAGCACUUUUAAUGACUAUGCCUUUCUGAAACCUGAAGAAAAGAUCAUUUUGCCAAGGCACAGGCGCCUUGCUCUGUUGAAGCAAGUCAGUAUCCGAGAGAACUGCUGCUCCCUGUGCUGCGAUGAGAUAGCAGACACACAGCUGAAGCCUUGUGGACACAGCGACCUGUGCAUGGAUUGUGCCUUGCAACUGGAGACCUGCCCAUUGUGUCGUAAAGAAAUAGUGUCUAGAGUCAGACAGAUCUCUCAUAUUUCAUGACACAUGUGAAGAGACAUCAUGGACCUAUUUCUACUCAAUUCCAGCCAAUGUUGCAAAACAAAGACAAAAACAUCUCUAAUCAGUUGUACGCACAUUAAAACUUAUAGCCAUGGUCAGAUUUUAUGCUAAAAAUGAUAGUUUGUCAAAGACAUAAUUCUCUUAGAAUCUAAUCCAACUCGCCAGCCCUGAAUUCCUUAUAAGGCCAAGGAAAGCUGAAUGCUAGCAGCCAGGCCUGUGGUACUUCCAUGGAAACAGUUGGUGACAAGGCCCUCCUCAGUGCUGAAACCACACUGGAAUUCUACAUGUUGGGUUCAUUUGGUUGUUUCACACAAGAUGUUUUGUGUAAUAGUCUACAGCUUUUCUUUUGGGGAGAAGUCAUUUUGGACAAGUAAAUGACAACGUUUCUGGGUUAAGUAUCACUGGUCAGAGAAACACCAGUGUGUUCAGCAUGGAUAUUGCACUGCAAGACUUGAAAUCUUUAAAAGUAGAAUCACACAGCUCAUUACUACAAGCAACAUGGAGAUCCUGAAAGAAGGUGUACGUGUACGGACUGUACAGGGAAAAAAAAGUUUUUUUUAUAUUUCAGUGAUUCCAAAGAACAUUCUAGUUUUUUUUGUCUGUUUGUUUGUUUUUUUACUACAGAAAGUUGGUAGUAUUUUCACAUUCAUGGUAUUUCUAUCCAAUUUCAGUACCCACAUUUUGUGAGGAAAAUAUGUUUUACCAAUGCAGGAGGAAUUCAUAAAUUAAUUGCAAUGUUAGACUGGAGAAAAAUUGGCAUUUAGGGUACCUUUAAGGUACCAUCAAAUCAGGUUUUUUUUUGUUUUAUUUAAAAACUUUUUAAAUCAGUAUUGUUUUGGGAAGUAAUAUACUUUGAAACUCUUGAAUUAAUAGUCUGAAACAACUCUAGAAGACACUCUGAGAACACAUACUCUUGUUUUAAAUAGAUACAUGUUUUGAACUGUAAAUUCAAUCAUGGAUUGUUGACUUAUGUCUUCAUCAAAAGUGUUUAUCCCACUCAGGGUCUCUGGUGAAGACCUUCAAGAGUUCAUUUGUUUCUCCCAGAAAAUUGGAAGGUAGAAUUGUAAAUUCAUGAGACUUAUUUUAUAAUGGUGUACCUCAGCAACUGCCUUUCAAUUUAUGCCAAGUCCUUACUGAGUUUAUACUUGAAUAGUAAAUAUGUCUUCUGAGUUUUAUAGUAUCUUAAACUCAAUGCACAUUUUUUUCUUCCCCUCCCCUUCCCCCUCUUUCUUGUUUGUAGUUCAUUAAACCUGUCCUUUGCAGAGCUGA